UACUAGUUCAACGAAAGGCAUGAACUUGCGACCAGCCUGUCGGAACAAGAAGACGUACAUAAGGCUUCUUAUCGGGGCGACUCCAGAGCCAACUGCACAAACGACUGGCCAAAGGCAUAUCAACCAGCUACCAGCUGCAGCAGCGACCGAGGAGCGGCCACCAACGGCCAAGUGGAUUUGACAUGUGCCACUGGCUUCUGCAUGAGCAUGACGAGAAGGCACCGAUAACGCAAUGU